AAAAGAAAGGGGAAAAAAGAAAAAAAAAACGAUGCUGUGCAGUAUAAGAAAUUGCAUGCCGUUUAUGGUGAGACGUAUUUCAUUAUUUCGCCAGAAUAACAAACGAUACGAGAUAAACAAUAACAGCGAGUUCGUGAACAAGGUGAUGAACGGCACUGUGCCAGUUAUAGUCAAUUUUCACGCAGAUUGGUGUGACCCGUGUAAAAUACUGACGCCCAGGCUGAUAGAACUUAUAGAGCCUAUGGAUAAGUUGGAUCUAGCUAUAAUCGACGUUGAAGAGAACCCCGAACUGGUGCACGUCUUUGAGGUAAAGGCUGUACCUGCGGUGAUAGCAAUCUCGAAUGGCUUAGUUGUAGACAAGUUUAUCGGCUUAGUUAACAACGAGAUGAUAGAGAAUCUAAUACAAAAACUGACACAAGAAGGACCAAUAGCUACGGAAAGUAAUGAUACCAAGUCGUAGUCGCGUGACAACAUAGCGAAUCAUGUAAUGCACACUUUAUGCUUCCAUUUCUCUCUAUCGACUAAAUGUAUUUUCAUACUUGUAGAAAGAGAGAAUGUAAUAUCUCAAAGCUACUUCGUCCAAGAAUUAUGGCCUUUUUUUAUCUAAUCUUACUUAGAUAAGCAUUGUGUAGAUAAAAAUUUUAGAAAUAUAUAUUAUAUAUUUAUGUUGUAAAAUGGCAAUAUAUAAUGAUAAUUUACGACGAAGCUAACAUACACGUACUACUACUUACGAAUCUGUUGAUGUCCAGAUUAUAUAUAUUAUAUUGAAAUAUUUAUACUUCUAUAUAGAUAUUCUAUAUAGAUAUUCUAUGAUACAGAGAGCUUGCUCGCGACAGCCUAUAUUCUUGAAUCGACCAAAAAGAUGUUAGAGAUUCUCUUAGACACACUAAAAAUAUGCAAAAGAGGAUUCCUAUAUAUAUCAUAGAAGAAAUUAUAGAAUCUAUUGCAAAAUCUAUAAAACUUGUAUGAAAUACUUGUGAUAUAUAUCUUUUUAUAUCUAGACACGACUUUUCAAUAUAUAGUUCGAAAUGUAGCUGUGUUCGUAUCUUCACUUAACGUUUAUAUAAGUGGUGUGUAAAUCUAAUAUAAAAUAAAAAAACCACUCGUGAAUCGAACCGAUAACGAAAUACGUGCAAUAAUAAUGAAUUUUCAAAGUGAUACAAAUUGCGUUAUUUUGGACGUAUACAUUUUAAAAUGCGCUUUAUACACAUAUACAUAUAUAUAUUUUUCUGAUGUGACUUAAUUUCAUUUAAUAAUAUAAUUAAUAAUAAUAAUAGAUAAUUUGUACGCUAAUUUCUUAAAUUGUACAAAAUGUAUAUAUUAAUUUCGGUAAGUUGUUCAAGACAGGCUAGAGGACAGUUACUUUAACAGCUGAAUCGCGCGGUGUGUAUUCUUGUGGCAGUGCAGCCGAGAUAAAUCAUUAUCUAAUCAGAUUUUAAUUUCUCAUUUAUUGUUGAUCAUUGUGUACAAUCAGUGUGUAUGAAAGUACUGUCCAUUAAAGAUAUAAUAGGCCAGAGA